CCUUGUGUCUUUGCCCCUGUUCGCCUUUGUUUUGCUGUGCUAUCUUCUGCCCUGAAACCACCCCCUUUCCCAGUGCCAUCCCUCUACUUAUAGAAAGCUCAGGCAGGAAACACAGGUAGGGGACUCUCUCCUUGCAUCCCUCAUCUUACUGAACCUGCCCGCCAGGAGGGCCGAGAGCCCGAAGCCCGGAUGGCCUACAGCCAAAAGAGGGCGGAGCAAAUGGGGCGGGAUUGGCCCUAGGUCCACCUCAUAAAGCCAGGGGCAAGGGGCGCGACGCGUUCUGGAAGAGCUCUGGAGGGGCUGUUUGGUCCGACCGACCCCACAGGCUCAGUUGGGUCUCUGCAGUGUCAUGCCCCGGAGCCCCCGGACCGCGCCGAGCUGGGCGCUGUUGCUGCGGUUGCUGGCACUGCUUCGGCCGCCGGGGCUGAGUGAAGCGUGCAGCUGCGCCCCCGCGCACCCCCAGCAGCACGUCUGCCACUCGGCGCUUGUAAUCCGGGCCAAAAUCUCCAGUGAGAAGGUAGUUCCUGCCAGUACAGACCCAGGUGACACUCAAAAAAUGAUCCGGUAUGAAAUCAAACAGAUAAAGAUGUUCAAAGGGUUUGAGAAAAUCAGCGAUAUUCAGUAUAUCUAUACACCUUUUGAUUCUUCCCUCUGUGGGGUGAAACUGGAAACUAACAGCCAGAAGCAGUAUCUCUUGACUGGUCAGAUCCUCAGCGACGGAAAGGUCUUCAUCCAUCUGUGCAACUACAUUGAGCCCUGGGAGAACCUAUCCUUUUUGCAGAGAGAAAGUCUGAAUCACCACUAUCACCUGAACUGUGGCUGCCAAAUCACCACCUGCUAUGUGGUGCCCUGUACCAUCGCGGCCCCCAACGAGUGCCUCUGGACAGACUGGCUGUUGGAACAGAAGCUCUAUGGGUACCAGGCCCAGCAUUAUGUCUGCAUGAAGCGUGCUGAUGGCACCUGCAGCUGGUACCAGGGACGCCUGCACCUUAGGAAGGAGUUUGUUGACAUUAUCCAGCCCUAGGAGGGACCACCACAUACUUCAAGAGUCCUGAAGACCAAGCCAUCUUCCUUCCCUGCAGAGCCCUGGCUGUCACCACCUGCCUUAUCACUGCCAGAUAACGGGAAGUACCAAGUGGGUGGUCCGGCCAGCAUUAGGGCAGGGGUGGGCACGUUACAGCUUGUGUCCAAGACCCCAGCCCAGAACCUGUCAAGGGCUAGGGAAAGUAGCAUGACUUUUCUCUCCUGCCUUUAGUUAAGGUAGUACUUAUUACUGAUUUUGGCUAAGUUUCUUUUCCUAAGCUAUGACUACUCCUUUCUCUCCCCCAGAUAAAUGUGUUUUAUCUUAAUUGAUCUGACAGGGGAGAAAUGGUUGUACAUAUCAUACACAUGAGAUGCAGGAGCCUUGCAGUGUACAAGACCAGGAGGUGGGUUGACAGUAUCAUAAACAGGCUGAUCUGGAGGAAUGAAAAGAACAACAUACUUUGCCUAUGCAUCCUCUACUGCUCCUGGCUCAACUCAUCCUAAUCCUCUGAUACACCUGCAUCUGUCUGGAGGAGUGACUUGGGGGACACGGAGUGGUUCAGUGUGAAGCCUAACCUCCCUCUGUAUGCUAUAACCCCCUCUAAACCAUUCCUGGCAGAGGGCCUGGUCCAGUUAGCACACCUUUUUGGACAAGAACAGACUUGGGUAUUGUGUCUCCGGGUUAACCAUACUUGAUGCCCUCGACUGAUGUCCAGAAGGCUUCUCCUCUGUUUUAGAAGGUCCUUCUCUACUAGAUUAUUAAUGUUUUCAUUCCUACUUAAAAAUUUUUUUAAGCUAAAAAAGCCUUUCUCUUUUAGAGUUGAAAUUUCCCCUUAGCUUUUGACACCUCAGAGAGAUCUUAGAGGGUCCUCUCUUGGGAGCAAAUUUCAGGAUAGAGGACAGGAGAGAAAUAACACAAAGGCCCUUGGGGAAAAGGAAGGUAGAUGGGGAAUAUACUUUCUAAGCAUUGCAGGCUUUUUCCAGUGGACAGCCUGCUACAUGCUACAGCAGAAAAAGGUCAGCUUUGAUCCCCCAGAGAGCCCCUCCAACCCUCAGCCUCUCCAGUCCCCUCUUGGACUCCCUGAACUCUCUAAGCACAGCCCCCUAGAGUUCCUCAGCCUCUGUAAAGCUCCCUGACUUGCCCUGAAAGGAAAAGCCCUGAUGUGGGUCUCAAGGAUUUAUUAAGGACGAGGGCUUUAAGUUCCAGUGCCUCUCUUGGAGAAGCUCUGGCAAAGAUGAAGGAGGGAGUUCUUUUUAAGGUUCAAGGUUGUUAUACAUCUUCUAUGUGUGGCUUGCUGACAAACUGCCAGAAGAAGGCUCCUGAGUCACAGAGAUGGUACAAAUGGAGAUCCCUUCUGGAGGUCUCUGUCUGAGAGUACAAGAUUUGGAAAGCUGUGGCAGAGAAUCUCCAAUGGUAGGUUAAGUAGGAUCACCAAUUGACCGUGCAGGCCUCAGGCAGAGGAUAUAGAGACAGAGAAAAAGAGGUUAAGCUCCAGGUCACCACAGAGGAGAAACAUGAGUAACAGCCUUCAUACCAACCACCCACCCCAUUUCUCUGUGCCUUAUGCCAUCAUCCCAAGGUGGCCUCACAGAAGGCAUAGUGAAAAUGCCUUAUCAAAAGGCAUUAUUGAAAUCUUGAGUCUUAUCAAAAUCUUGAGGACUGGAAUCAAAGAGUGGAAGGGUCUCAUGAAUAACCCUUACAUCUGAGGAGUAUUUCAUACUUUUCAGACUAUUACUUAAAGAAUCUCACUUAAAUUAUGCAAGUGCCAUAUAAAAUAUCUUGGUCAGGAAUAAUUAUGCCCACUUGACUUUUGGACUGGGAAACUGACACACAGUGAGGGAAUGUAACUGUUGGUGACUUGUGGCCAGGCCAGGGUUAGAAGGAGUGGAAUCUUCACCCAAGCAGCGGAAUCUUCUGAUUGUUGAUCCAUAGGUUUGUUACUCUUUUAGUCUGAUACACUGCCCUGGUUUCUGUUCUUUCCUAUUCUGUCUCCAGGUUUUGAAGACAAGGGGCUGUCAGCUAAAAGCCAGCCACUCUGGCCCCACAAAGCAGGUCUGCAGUUCAACCUCACCAGAAUCUCUGGGGUUGAGAUGCUGAGGUCCUCCUCUUCAGAGCCCCAUAGUAACCAUGCAACUAAGCUCAGAGAGCAAACAGCAGAGAGCCUGAAGUCCCUACUCAGUCACCUACCAUUUCUUUGUGGUUGGGGUAGUAGGUCUGCUCAAUGAGUGGGAACUUUUCUCCUCCCAAUGUCUUGUAGAUGGCCACCAGCUGGGCAAACUGCAAAAGAGAAGCAAAGGUUUUGGUUUACCUGAACAGCUUCUGGAACAGACAAACAAAAUGUCAAUCUAUUGAACAAAUAUUUAUUAAGCAUCUGUCCCACUAAGGGCUUUGUGCAGAGCACUCUGAGGAUAUAAAAGAGGCGUCUCAUCCCUUCUCUCCAACAACAUAUAAUUUAGUUGGGGAAGGGGAAGUGAGCUAACAUUCAUUCAGUACCUACUCAAUUUUAAUGAUAUUUCAUUUAAUCUUCAUAUCAAAUUGCUGAACUAGGUUCUUUAUCAUCUUCAUUUUAUAUAUAAAGCUCAGGGAGGGUAGGAAACUUGCCUGGAAUCAGAGCUGCAAAGAGGUAAAGUUGGCAUUGAAAACUGUGUCUCUAACUCUAAAUACCUGCAUCUCUAUAGAUGAUAAGUGAGAAGCUGGGUAGGUAACACCGGGCCCAGUCUUGGAAGUUCAAAUGCCAAGCAAAAGAAUGGUAGCUUUUUCCUGUAGGGAGUAUGGAGUCAUCAGAGUCUAAGCAGGGGGGUCAUGAAGGAAGCUGUUCUUCAAGAAGAUUUAGAUGGUCAUGAAAUGUAGGACAGACAGACCCAGUCUCCUGGGACUCACUACUCAUCUAAGAACCCAACUUAUAGGAACCUUCGCUGAUGAGAAGCCAGAACAACUCCACGGGGAAGAGUGAGGUACACAUACUUAAGCGCCCUCAGGGUGCCCCCUGACUCCCAUACUUUAUAAGUGAAGAAAGUGAAGCCCAGAGAGGUCACAUGCCCAAGGUCACACAGUAGUUGAGUAGAUUCAUAGCUAGAUCCCUUCAUUCCUAACCCACAACUCUCUCUAUUCCUUAAUGUAUCUGCCUUUCAGGCUCUCAAGAGACCAUGAUCGUCCCACAGGAAACUUUCCAGUUGAUUCCAUUCACCCACAUGCCCACUGUCAGUGCACUGGUAGCAGGGGUAACCCAGCAUCUUCUCUUCAGUGCUACUGAGUUCACACUCUAAGCCACUGAUAUCUGGAACUGCUACAAGGAAACAUGCCAGAUUUAAACCUGCCUUCUUUGUAUCAGAGAAAGGAAAGCUCGAACAUUUUCAAAUGCUGAGGUCUUAUUCUCUUUCAGGGAUGCUGGCACAUGAGCUGGUGUGGGGAGAUAAGGAUGGUGUAAUAAAAGCCAGAACUGGGUUGUUAGAAAACUGGAGUCUUCUGAUUCUUCUUGUGCUGCCUCAAACUUGCUUAGGUGUCCUUGGGCAAACGAUUUCUCCUCUCAGGCCUCAUUUUCUUCAUAUAUAAAAUGAGAGAAGUGAAUGUGAUCAGUUCCUUAAACUUUUUACCACAAAAGAACAUAUUUUAUUACAUUUCCUCUCAAACUCCAUGAUCGAACUGCUGUUUAAACGAUCAUCUGCUGUAGUCCUUUUGUGAGUAAAGAUAGAAUUUUGUCGUUUUUGAAAUCCUGGGGAGCGGGGGGGGGGGGAACACUGGGAUUUCUGAGUCACUUCCCUUAGUCACAUGCAGUUGGUGACUAUAGAUCUCUAAGGCCUCCUCCAUGGCUGAGGAGAUGACUGAUGGACUUUCAAGCCCCUAAGAUUUUGUUACUGAAAGAGACUUGAGAGAGUCUCUAGAGCAGAAACUUCAUUUUACUAAUAAGGAGGCCAAGGCUAGACAUGCAAAGGAAAGCACAGGCUCCCAUAGCAUGCCUGGAGUCAGGCUGCACUGGGAUGGCGCCCAGGCCUCCUCCUGCCCAGUGCAUUCUCUGGUCUAUCCUGAUGUCCCUGCCAUUCUUUGGUUCUUCACUUUUUUUGACUAUCAAGACCACCCUUCAGGCCUUUCCUGCCUUCUGCGAUUCUCUCCACCAUCUCAUCUGACCUUUAAGUCCUGCCUGCCCACCUCAGCCUGCCUGAACUCCUGCUCUGUGACUGGAUACCUGCCUGAGCUCCCAACGCUCUCCAAUAUCCCCAGCAAGCUGAUGCCAGCUCUGCCUAACAACCUCUGUCCUGCUACAGCCCACACCGUGGCACGGCACCAAGGCAUGUGGGGCCCUAUCUUCCCAGCAUGUGGGAGAGUUACACAGACAACCACAUUGAUGCCAAGAAGGCCCACGGCAGACUCCCAGAGUCCUGGGACAGCCAAGACUAAAAUGGCAGCCAGUUCCCAGGCGCUAGGGGUUCCUGGGAGCUCACACUACCCUCCUCCACCUCCUGCAGUCCCUGUCUGCUCAAAGUCCUGGGUUUGGCAUCAAACCCCCAUCCUUGGAAACUUAGAUUCAGUUACAAGCACACAGUCAUCAAUUAAACAAAAGUAAUAUCUGAUAAGGGUUAUUUCCUCUAUGCAGAGACAAAAGAAUGGAUUUGGGAGCUGGGGGUGGCAUUGGCAAUGAGUAGGAAGAUGAUGUUCAGUAUAAUUGCUUAUCCAGUGUAUCAGGAAAGACUUAGAUGAAAUGGGAUUUCAAGAUCCAUCUGAAUUUAAUACGUUGUCCUUAUCCCUCCUGGAAAUAAAAUGCUUUCAUUCAA